AUGUCCGCUUCACGUGACUCCUUCACUAAGUCCAAGUGGCUGGCGUUUUUCGCGGAGCUCACGGCGAAGGUCACGCACCACAAUGUGGUGGUGGUGGAGGAGGGGUGUGAGGUGCUCAAGCGAAUUCUCGUGUCGAGCGUGUCCGUGGCGGCGUUUUUGGAGGAGGGAGAACUAGUGACGCACCUUGUGGAUACAAUUGCCGGUGACAUGCUGUCAAGCGAAUGCCGCGGCGGUGGGCCACCGUUUUUCACGGCCGAUAAACUUCUCUUCACGCAGCUCGAGACACUCUCCCUUUUCAUUGACAUGAUGCUCGCGCUCUACGCAGACAGGGAUCCCUAUUACUGCCUUCUGGUGCUGGCGCGUGCCGGGGAGAUUUUGCUGACGCUCGUCAAACUAUUGCAACGGCAGCAUCCACGCUUUUUUGGACUCCUCGCGACGAUGGUGCACUCGCUUCUCUCCUUGCCGCUCGGACGGGAGGUACGGGGUGUGCCGCUCAACGAAAAUCGCUCUGUUGCGUUCACGUGCCAUCUGCAGCAGCUACAGGCAGCGGUGGCCCAGCACGAGGGAAUCCUGCAGGAGGUGUUGGAAACGUUGCAGGCGCUCUACUUUGCCAUGGAUGGCGCGACGCGCUACUGCAGCCACACUCUCUUGAGCCUCGCGGCCCACCGCCUCCGACGACUGCAAAAGCGGAGCAAACCUGGCAAUACUGCUGGAGAAGAUCCUUCCGCAACGCACAACGCCGGGUUGAACCGAAGUGAAUACGCCCCUACUGAGAGUGUAAUGGACAAAACUCUCAACAGUCAUGGCACGACGUGCCUCGCCGUGGAUGAAACCAAAAUGUCCAUCAACACAACCGUUGAAGGGGAGGGCACGAUUCCGGUUGAGAGUACGGAUGCUUCCGUUCCUGAAGAGGAGUACAUAGACUGCUUUGAUCGCCUGUCGAAGGCUCGCUCUCACGAGGAGUUUUUGGUCAUGCUUAACCGGCUCUGGUGCCUAACUGUGGCCGAUGGGGAUGAACUGCAACGCCGGUUCACAAGCCUCAAUUUCAACCGGGCAUUCCGGCGGUUUCUGGAGACCAUGCCCUCCAAUCAGCAGGACCAGGUGGUGUUUACCUCGGCGCUGUUGUGGUUAUCGCACAUGAUAUCUGGCUUUCACCUCCUCCGUGAGACGCGCGACAGCAUCUUGACUGUUGCUGGAUCCUCGCUGAUAAAAAUCCUUCUCCAGGAUCUGAACACCCGUGAGCUGCUGCCGGCGCCUCGAGAAGCGUCCGGCUUCUCCACCGUUGGCGCCUCGGCGCUUGCGACAAGCGCAGUUUCAACGACCGAGGCAAAUUUGAGUACCCCACCCCCGAUGCCGGGCGAGAGAUGCAGCAGCCCUGUGCAGAGACCAUCGAUAUCGUUUGUCGUCCUCUCCUUCCUGCUUGUCGCUGAGCGUGCGUGUGAGCCGCAGGAGAUGGAGCAAUGGAUUCGUGAGGCGGGCCUAUUCGUGUUGCUUGAAUCCCUCAUCAGAAAUGUGGAGCAAACCAAAUCCGCGUUGAUUGAUACGCCGACUACGGCAGACGGGACACUUUCGGACGAAGUGUACCUUGCUGGUGUCAUGGCAGCUACGCGGACGGAGCACGUCACCCUCGCCGCCCUUUCCUGCAAACUUCUUUCGUCUGUCAUAUGGAAUCAUUGCGCGGUGCUGGCUGAACUGCUUGCGCCAGAAACUGUUGGGAUGCUGCAAUGCAUAAUCCCGCUUUUACUUACGAUUGGCAUCCACAACCCGACACUCACAUCAGCCGUUGAAAAUAUGUCUGGCUCUGCCCUUCAUCACUUGCCAAGCUGCCCACGUUCAUCUCGCUAUACGUCUCUGGGCGAGUGCAGCCUGGUUGCGUUGGAUGCCGCUCUUUGGUUCCUGCAGGUUUCCCGGAUGAAUGCGAUCUGUUUGAGGGAUAUUGUUCCGCGCAUCCCGGCACUCUCGCGGGCAACACGCAACAGCAUCCACCCGCCUCUCCGCGCCUCUGUCUACCGCUGUCUGUCCCGCCUCUGUGCCUCACCCACAGAACUGAUGACCAUCGUGCAAGAGAUGCCAUCGGUCGUUAACGCCGCCGUCAACAGCGUGCUGGAGUACACAAAAACGGCGCCACAGUGGGAGGCGGCAGCUGCGGCGGAGUGGUUGGCGGACGUCAUUCGCAUCUCCUCAGAAGAUGCCAGGCUGGAGCGGAGUUUUGACUUCACUCAGUCAGCGCUCCCUGUUAAACUAUUGGAGUUGGCCUCGUGCAACGGUGUCACAUACGCCACUGCAGCCAUGAUGUUCUUGCUGACCUUGUUGUUUGAACAACAAACGCGCCUCGCCGAGCUUCACAAGAGUACGUUGACUAACGCUCUCUUGCCGUAUGGUAAGCGAUCAUUGGAGUGUUGGUGGCAGCUUCUUUUUGUGGCGACGCAAACAAACGAGAAGCUGGUGUGUGUGCAUGAAAAGCCGAUACCUGCGGCGACAACGACAAAGGAUGCACUCUCGCGCUUUCUGAGUGGGACCGAGGGAAUUUCAGUGCAGUUUUUCUUUAUCUGUUCCUUGGCGCGUGGAUUGCUCUUUCUUUGUGCCGCCUGUCCACUUAUUGGGGAACAGUUUUCAAAUGAUAUUAUGUGCGGCUUCUUCGUAAGCGUCUUUGCGCUUCCAUCGCCCGCCGACGUGUUUGCCAUGUUGUCAUCCCGCUUUGGCGUGAAGGUGGAGCAGCACGGGACGUUGGAGAAUUCGUACGAAGUGAUGCUGCAGUGGGUGAUAGAGCUCUGCUCGCUUUGGAUUAAGGCGACGAGUCAGAACACGAAGGACCCUCCCAUUUUACCACCUGCUUUAUUUAAGUCUCUCUGCAAGAUCCUGGGAAACAGUUGCCUUUCGCAACGCAUUCGCGCGCAUGUCUGCUCCCUCGUCUCCGACGUUGUCGUUGCACAUUCCGAGGCUUUUUCUGAGGUGCUUGCGGCGUCUAGUGGUGAUCUUUUUGCUGCAUCACUUGAUAUUCACCAUGCUUCCUCUGUCUGUGGAAUGCAGUGCCGUCUCGUGUCGCUGUUUGCGCCGGCCAAUUCCAAGGCGCACGAAGUUGACUGGGUCGCCUCAAAACUGGAAGAGCUUGACGGGCACGUACAGGCCUUAAAGAAGAAUGGCGGCGUCCUUGGGGGAGAGGGGAUGAGUUCGCUUAUGAUGCUGCUUUCCACUGUGUGUAGUGUGGUGGCCUUUCCUGGGUGUCGUGCCUUGUCGCCGGACGUUAUGCGCUUGCUGUGCGCUUCACUUCGCACCACGUUGGGGUAUGAGAUGACGCAACGUGCGGCUUUUCAGGCGGCCGUGGCAUUGGCGCGCAGUGUCGAGGGACGACGCUGCCUCUUGCAGGAAGCCUCUUCUGCCGGUGACCCACUGGCUCGCUCAUGUUUUGGGCGUAUUCUGGGCAUCACACUCGGCGUCUCGCAAUCCGGUGAACAGUUGCAGCUGCAGAAAGACAACAAUAACGCCAUGAAGAAUACUCCGUUGUCCGAGCGAGAGGCCUUCAGGGCAGCCGUUGUAGCGUCAGGAUUUGACAUCUGCGCCACGGCGUGUGGCAGGGGCGGUGAACCGUUUUCGCGCGCGGUGAUGAAGCUGAGGGGUGUUGAGCAGAUAGAGUCUCUUUUGCUGAGGAAUGAGCGCCGGCGUGUGGCGACGCCAUUGGGGCCCUUUCGCCUGUUAGCGGCGCUUUCGUUCCAGGCGGAGGCGCAGCUCGCCAUCAUGCGUCAGGCGGAACUCAUGACGAUGCUGAUCGAGGCGGCGGGAAACACGAACUACGCAGGGAGCCUGGCCUUGUUGACGCUUCGCAACCUUUGCUUUAACCCCACGCUUAAGGUCAAGGUUUGCCAAGACAGUCGCCUUCUUCUCACAUUUAAGGCGGCCUUGAUGACAGAGGCGUCGCCGCAGACAGCGGUGCACGAUUCCGGCAGCCAGAGCUCAAAGGACAGACUGACGACCUUACCCUCAUCAAAGAGUGAGCCGCAGGCGAAGCGCGUCUCUCUACAGACAUGUGCAGAGCAGACACCCUUACGACAGUCGAACAAGUCAGAGUGUGUGGAGGGCACAGAUGACACCGUAGGAGCUGCCGAGGCAUGUCGCCGUCAGGAGUUGGCUGUGACUGCCUUAUGGUCGCUCAUGUACGACAACCAACGGGGGAAGUCGUAUGUCCGCGGUGUGCUCAACCAGUCACCGGCGGUGAACAUCAACAAACUCCUGAGAGCUUGCUCAGAUAUUGCGCUGCGCGCCCCGGGACUUGAAACGUACCCUGAGAAAAUGUCGGAGGCCAUUGGAAACAUUAGGUUUCUCGGAAAAGGUGCUGUUUAA